AUGGAAUCAGCAGCUUUCAUGCCAGAAAAGAAAAGAAAAAAAAUUUCAAUCAAUCAUUCAUUUUCCACAAUUAAAAACAAUGGUUUAAAAAAAAAAAAUUUUAAAAAAAGAUAUUGAGCCACUAUAAGGAUUAUUACUCCUCGACGUAUUAAAUGUCCGCCCAACCGUUUAUCUGCCUAACCAUCCCUCACUGACUCCAACUGCAUCUCCAUCAACCCUUCAUUUCUUUUUCCUUUUCUCUUUUUGCCCUUUUCUUCCCUCGACGAGAUUCAUAUUCUUCUUCUGGUUAAAAAAAUUGUAGUACUAUUCUGUCCAGCCACUUGGCCAUCAUUCACAUGUUAUUUCAGAUCAUGAUACGUUAAUUUUUCAAAACCCUCCCAAAUUAAUUCUUUUAGUCGUUGGCAUUUUACUAUGACCACUUCUACUGUUACUGUUGUGUCUAAUAAUUUUCUAUAAAACCAUUCUCACUUCGAUUCAGAGAAUUCCGCAGAUCCACUUCCACUUUUCCUUCCACAGACCAAAUAUGGAGCAGUGUUUCUUUGAGCAAUUGAAAUCCCAACCCGUAUGGCUUAUCCUGCUUGUUUCCUUAGGCUGUUUCAAGCUACUCAGGUUUCUCUACUCUGUUCUCAACUGGGUUUAUGUCAACUUCCUUAGGCCCGCCAAGAAUCUCAAGAAAUACGGGUCCUGGGCUCUCGUCACCGGACCCACUGACGGCAUUGGCAAGGCUUUCGCUUUCCAAUUCGCCCGGAAGGGGCUCAAUUUGGUGCUCGUUGGCCGGAACCCAGAUAAGCUCCGGGAAGUAUCCGAGUCUAUCCAGGCUAAGUACGGCAAGACCCAGAUCAAGAGCGUGGUGGUUGACUUCUCUGGUGAUUUGGACGAGGGAGUUGUCAGGAUUAAGGAGGCGAUUGAUGGGUUGGAUAUCGGUGUUUUGGUUAACAACGUUGGGUUGUCGUAUCCCUAUGCUAGGUAUUUCCACGAGGUGGAUGAUAAAUUGUUGGCUGAUUUGAUUAAGAUUAACGUGGAAGGGACUACUAAGGUUACUCAAGCUGUGUUGCCAGGGAUGCUUCAGAGGAAAAGAGGGGCCAUUGUGAAUAUAGGUUCUGGCGCUGCCAUUGUCAUCCCUUCUGAUCCUCUUUAUGCAGUUUAUGCUGCCACCAAAGCAUAUAUUGAUCAGCUCUCUAGAUGCCUCUACGUGGAGUACAAAAAGAGCGGAAUUGAUGUGCAGUGUCAGGUAUGAAAAUGAAAAUGAGUCUUCGUUUCAUUUUAUGUUAUUGUGGAUUCUGAAUAGAUUUCAUAUAUUCUCUCGAAGUUGUUGUCGAUUACUGUUGUACAGAGUAUGUGUGUACCAACCCAGGAAAGAUAACAUUUGUUUUGAGGCUCAUUCUGAAAUUCAAACUCAUUAGGCCUAGAUCUUAUUCUGCUGUAACUUUUGAUACUUUAUGCUGAUCUACUUGAAGCUCGGGAGAAUAGUAAAUUAAAAAAGGUCAUGAGACUUAGAUAACAACUUCAGUGGUUUCUUGUAGCUGGUAUGUUGGUUAGAACCUUUCUCCAUCCAGUAUAAGUAUCCAUGAAGUCCACUGGUAUUCAAUUAUUGCUAUGCAUGCUGGAAAGGUAUCGUAAGUAUGUUUGGUGUUUGCAUGGGGAAUGGUUGGUUCAUAAGGCUGUGUGUUUUAUCUUACCAUUUAUUUCCGUUCAAGUUUAGUUUGGCUUCUCAAAUCUGCAACCUCAGGUCAUAUAAAAACAGAUCUCACCGAUGCUCUGAGGCUCCUCUUCUUUUUUUCCUUGGCUGAAACCAAAAGAUUAUAUGUAUACUUUCUUAUAUCUGUUUCUUGGGAAUUUUCUGCCUAAAUGAUUGAUGUAGCUUCUGUAUGAUUCUUUUUUUCCUUGGCUGAAACCAAAAGAUUAUGUAUACUUUCUUAUAUCUGUUUCUUGGGAGUUUUCUGCCUAAAUGAUUGAUGUAGCUUCUAUAUGAUUCUUUUUUUCCUUGGCUGAAACCAAAAGAUUAUGUAUACUUUCUUAUAUCUGUUUCUUGGGAGUUUUCUGCCUAAAUGAUUGAUGUAGCUUCUAUAUGAUUUAUGAGUUUUGCUGCUGUUUUCUCAAUCCCUUAUUGAUCUUUAUUUUCUGGAACUUUCUUCUUUUUGGGAUGAAGCAAUAUCUUUUUGUAGAAUUCUGCUUGCAAAAGCUUGAUCUUUUUAGAUACACCAAACCUGAAUUCUGUGCUUUACAUUAUACCCCACUGAAAUGAGCUCACAUCUAACUUUCUCUUCUUGCUGUUGUUUCCAAGUAUGAUCACCACUUUAAUGUACAUGCAUUUGGUUUUAUUGUUUCGAGUUGUACAUUUUCUCAUACUCUUCCUUCAUACGUACAACAGGUACCAUUAUAUGUGGCGACUAAGAUGGCAUCAAUCAGAAGAUCCUCCUUUUUUGUUCCAUCAACAGAUGGCUAUGCUCGGGCCGCAUUGCGCUGGAUUGGCUAUGAACCUCGUUGCACGCCGUAUUGGCCACAUACUCUUUUAUGGGCCUUGCUGUAUUCGUUGCCUGAAUGGGUGGUUGAUGCUUGGCGUCUGCGUUUCUGCCUCGGAAUUCGAAAGAGAGGGCAACUCAAAGACUCCCGGAAGAAGGAAUAGAAUUCUGAAGUUGAUGAAGUUUUCUUUCCCUUUCAGGGAUGUGAACUAAAAUUUUCUACUACGGUUUUGAUAUUAUCAUUUAGUAUCCCAUUUCUAUUUUUCUUGUGAUUAAUUCAUGAAGGUUGUGAAAAAAGUUUGGAACCUGUUGUAUUCAGUCCUACUUUUAUCGCAGUCUUUUAUGUUUGGUUGCAGUCCAUUUCAUAAACUUUCUAAUAAUUUCGUAUUUCGUAAACUAAUGAGAAAUCUGAUGAAUGAAAGAAGCCUCUGGACAUGUUAGUGCGAAAUUUGUCAUGGUCGGC